AUGGAUUGGGACAAAAUUCAAUAUGAAGUGAUUUCAACUGAUCAAAUUUAUAUAAUGAAAAGCUCUUCAGAUGGUAUGUUCACUGAAGGGAAAUUGAUCCCUUUUGGGACUAUUGAGAUCAAUCCCAAUUCUUCUGUCUUAAAUUAUGGACAAGGAUUAUUUGAAGGGCUAAAAGCACACAGAAGAAAAGAUGGUGGGAUUCAAACAUUUCGACCCCAAGAAAAUGCAUUGCGAAUGCAAAAGGGAGCUGAGAGAUUGUUGUUGGUUGCACCUUCUGUUGAACAAUUUAUUCAUGCGGUCAAACAAGUCGUUCUUGCAAAUCAACGUUGGCUACCUCCUUAUGGAAAAGGAUCAUUGUACAUUAGGCCUCUGUUAUUUGGAAGUGGACCAGUUAUGGGUAUUUCACCUGCACCAGAAGCCACCUUCUUAAUAUACACUAAUCCAAUUGGCAAUAAAUAUAAGGGACUCGCUGGUGAUAUGCAUUUGUUAAUUGAAGAUAAAUUUUCUCGUGCUAUUCCUGGGGGAACUGGUGGAAUCAAAAAUAUAAGCAACUAUUCACCUGUUUUUCAGGUGACAAAAGAAGCAAAAGCUAAAGGAUUUUCUGAUGUCCUCUUUCUAGACUCACAGGAACACAAGUACAUCGAGGAGGUAUCAUCGUGUAAUGUUUUCAUUGUAAAGGGUAACGUAAUUUCAACCCCACCAGCAACUGGAACUAUUUUACCAGGAAUUACAAGAAAAAGCAUCAUUUCCAUAGCUUUUGACUUGGGUUACCAGGCUAAAGAAGACAGAGUUUCAGUAGAAGAAAUUUUUGAAGCUGAUGAGGUUUUCUGCACUGGAACUGCUGUUAGCAUCUCCCCUGUUAAGAGUAUAACCUACCAAGACAAAAGGGUUGAAUUUAAAACUGGAGAUGGAACAACAUCAAUGAAGCUGUUUGAUAUGAUUAGAGGCAUCCAAUUAGGUGAUGUGGAGGACAAGAAUGGCUGGACUGUUCAAAUUGAUUGA